GGAUUGCACUGCUUUCCACAGUGGCUGUCUGCGCGAAUCGCUCGCAAUGAGCAUUUCGUAUGCUCCAAGUUUAAGCUCCUGCAUAUAGAGCCUUGCGUCGGGGCGAGUGUAGUAGUAGUUGAAGGAGAAUGCGAGCUGAGCCUGAGUCGGCCAGCCCAUCUCAGUCCAGCGCCAAUGUAGCUAGAGCAGAAGUAGUACUGGUAGUGUGGUUGGUUUCAAUUCACUCGACGAAGAUUUGAAUCGGGCAGAUUGACACUCCGAGAGAUUAGAAUUUGGGCGGGAGAUUUGCGGCUCAAUUCUUUGGAGAUGCCCGCAACGGGGGAGAUGACGGGCUCGGGAGUGGAUGAGAGUGAGCGGAUGGAAGCAGCCAAUGUCACAGGUCGAGAUGGCGGCGGGGUGGAGAAGAGUGGAGCUCUGAUAGCCGUUGCGGAGGUGGGUGAAGUCGACGGGAAAGGAAAGAAGAAGACGAAGGGGAAGAAGGAGAAGGGCGAUGAAGCUGAGCCUAUUCCGCAGGUGUCCUUCUUCCGGCUCUUCGCCUUCGCCGACGGCUUGGACAUCAUUCUCAUGGUGUUCGGCACGCUCGGCGCUAUAGUCCACGGCGCAGCUCUUCCGGUCUUCUUUCUGUUUUUUGGAAAACUGCUCAAUGGUAUCGGAGGGAGCAUUAGUCCCGAAAUCGGUAAACAAACCGUCGACAAGUAUUCGUUGUACUUUCUAUGGCUCGGUUUGGCGACACUCUUCUCAUCGUGGAUGGAGGUUUCGUUUUGGAUGCAAACCGGAGAGAGGCAGUCUGCAAGAUUGAGAGCGAAGUAUUUGGAAGCAUUGUUGAAGCAAGAUGUCGGAUUUUUCGACACCGACACCAGUACGGGAAAAUUCGUCCAGAGCAUCUCUUCCGACCCCCUGAUGGUUCAGGAUGCAAUCAGCGAGAAGAUGGGAAAUUUCGUGCAUUACAUGUCGACGUUCGUAGCGGGCUUCGUCGUGGGAUUCGUUAACGAGUGGACCAUAGCUGUGGUGACUCUGGCAGUUUUGCCUCUCAUUGCUGCGGCAGGAGGCUACUACGCUAUUGCACUGACGGGAUUGACGAGCAAAAGUGCAGAAGCCUACGAAAGAGCCGGAAGCAUCGCUGAGGAGACGAUCGGCCAAGUUCGGACCGUCUACUCUUUCGUCGGCGAGCAGAGAUCCGUCCAGCAUUACAGCCUUUCUCUGGAGAGCACUCUGAAGCUCGGCUACAAAUCGGGCUGGGCCAAGGGAAUUGGAAUGGGUGGCACUUACGGAGUUCUCUUCGGCUGCUGGGCCUUGCUUCUGUGGUACGGAGGUACCCUGGUGCGCAAGGGGAAUCUCAAUGGAGGCGAGGCUCUCUCGUCCAUCUUUCCUGUCAUCAUCGGAGGCCUGUCUCUGGGGCAAGCGAUGCCGAAUGUGUCGGCCUUCGGCAAAGGGAGGGCCGCUGCCUACAAGAUUUUCCAGAUGAUCGAUCACGAACCCACGAUCAACAAGGUCGACCCGACGGCCAAGAGGCUCGAGUCGGUCCAAGGGCUCAUCGAACUUCGUAAUGUGGAAUUCGUGUACCCGUCGAGGCCCGACACGAAAAUUUUCCAGGAUUUUUCUCUCGUCAUUCCUCCCGGGAAGACGGUCGCCAUCGUGGGCAGCAGUGGAUCCGGCAAGAGUACCGUGGUGUCCCUCAUCGAGCGUUUUUACGACCCUAUCGGAGGGCAGGUUUUGUUGGACGGGCAUGAUCUUAAGAGCUUGGACCUGAAGUGGCUCCGAGGGCAAAUCGGGCUCGUCAACCAGGAGCCCGCCCUGUUCGCAACGACAAUAGCGGCGAAUAUCCUCUACGGGAAGGAAGGAGCCAGCGAGAAGGAAAUCGAGGAAGCAGCAAAAGCCGCUAAUGCUCAUUCUUUCAUUGACCAGCUUCCACAACGUUACAUGACACAGGUCGGGGAGAGAGGAGUGCAGUUGUCUGGAGGACAGAAGCAGCGUGUGGCAAUAGCCAGAGCUAUGCUGAAGAACCCCACGGUUUUGCUGCUGGAUGAGGCUACCAGUGCACUGGAUGCUGGGUCCGAGCAGAUAGUGCAAGAAGCACUGGACCGUCUGAUGGUGGGAAGGACGACUGUUGUGGUCGCCCAUCGUCUGUCCACUAUCCGGAAUGCCGACUCCAUCGCGGUGGUUCAAGAAGGGCGCAUCGUGGAGAGAGGGAACCACGCAACUCUCAUCGCGGACCCCAAUGGAGCGUACACUGCACUCGUCCGCCUUCAGGAGAUGGCAGCAACCAGAGGAGAUGGCGGCAGCAUGAAACGAGCCACAUCCGGCAGACAAUCCCAAAUCAGCUUAUCACGAAGUGAAUCUCGCGGUGGAUCUCGACGUACUUCUCGAGGUGCAUCGUUUUCGUUGUACAGAAGUGGAUCUGUUCGGUCGACGACCAGCGUCGAGGAGUCGGAUGUGGGAACACGAGAGAUCGACCUUCCGCCUCCUCCUCCCCCUCCCAAAGCUACACUUAAGCGUCUCAUAGCAAUGAGCAAGCAGGACUGGAUAUACGGCGUCUUUGGAGCCAUAGGAUCGAUCUUAGCAGGAGCUAUUAACCCGGCAUUCGCACUCAUCAUCAGCCAGGUCCUGAAUGCCUACUACAACCCGGACUUCGGGGCCAUGAAGACGGAGGUUUCCAAGUGGGCCCUCGUGUUUGUGGGGGUCGGUGUAGCCUCGCCUUUCGUCUACGUUUGUCAGCAUUACUCGCUGGGAGUUUUUGGCGAGAAUUUGGUGAAGAGCGUCCGCGUGAAGAUGUUCUCAUCGAUUCUGCGCAACGAAAUGGCAUGGUUCGACCGGGAUGAGAACAACAGCAGUCGGGUGGCGGCUCGUCUUUCGUCCGAUGCCACGCAAGUGAGGGCAGCUCUCGGGGACCGCUUGGCGGUGAUUCUGCAAAACGCCUCUCUUAUGACCAUCGCCGUCGUCAUCUCGUUCGUUCUGCAAUGGAAGUUGACUCUGGUCAUGCUCUCCAUCUUCCCGGCUCUCGUCGGUUCUGCCUUCGGCGAGAACUUGUUUUUGAAAGGAUUCGCAGGAGACGUGGCCAAAGCGUACGCGAGAGCCACGCAAGUCGCGGGAGAGGCCGUGGCGAACAUCAGAACGGUGGCCGCAUUCAACGCCGAGGACAAAGUGAGGGGCCUGUUCGAUCAAGAGCUGGUGGGUCCGAACAAGCGCAGUUUCUACAGGGGACAGGUCGCAGGCUUCGGUUUCGGGAUCUCGCAAUUGUUCAUGUACGGCUCGUACGGGCUAGGAUUGUGGUACUCCGGCAGAUUGGUGCAGAAAGGGGAGGCGCAGUUUGGAGACGUGAUCAAAGUGUUCCUGGUGCUCAUCGUCUCGGCGUUCGCCGUGGCUGAGACUCUGGCCCUCACUCCGGACUUCGUAAAAGGAAGUCAAGCCGUGGGGUCGGUGUUCGAGGUUCUCGACCGCAAGACGGCAAUCGACCCCGAUGAUUCCAGCGUUGAGAAAGUGGAGAAGAUGACGGGGGAGAUCGAGCUGAAGCACGUCGCCUUCGCAUAUCCCUCCAGGCCCGACGUGAUUAUCUUCAAGGAUUUGAACUUGAGAGUGCGCUCCGGCCAGAGCCUUGCGCUGGUGGGCUCCAGCGGCUCGGGCAAAAGCUCGGUCAUAGCUCUCCUCGAGAGAUUCUACGAUCCCUUGUCCGGACGGGUCAUGAUCGACGGGAAAGACAUUCGCUCGUACAACUUGAAGUCUCUCCGCCAGCACAUCGCCCUCGUGCAACAAGAGCCUGCGCUUUUCGCCACCACCAUCUAUGAAAACAUCGUCUACGGAAGAGCCGGAGCCUCGGAGGCCGAAGUGAUCGAGGCAGCAAAAGCUGCCAAUGCUCACAACUACAUCAGUGGUCUGCCGAUGGGGUACCAAACGGAGGUCGGGGAACGAGGGGUGCAGCUCUCUGGAGGUCAGAAACAGAGAGUGGCCAUCGCCAGAGCCGUGCUGAAGGACCCGGCCAUCCUGCUCCUGGACGAGGCUACGUCUGCUUUGGAUGCCGAGUCUGAGAAGAUCGUGCAGGAGGCCCUGGAUCGGCUGAUGAACAACAGGACGACCGUCAUGAUCGCUCACAGACUCUCCACAAUCCGCAACGCGCACUCCAUUGCCGUGAUUCAAGAGGGAACCAUCCUGGAGCAAGGGUCUCACGCCGAACUUUUGUCGAAGAACGGGGGUUACUCCCGUUUGAUCAAUUUACAAAACAAUAGCCAAGACAACGAAUGAUCUGAACGCAGCAUCUCGUAGAAAUGAGCAUCGACACGAACUAACAUAUUGUGAAUCUAAACCUCACCAUCGGCAACCUUCAACCUCCACGACCCUUCGUUGCGAAGGGGAUGAUGCAAUAGUGUACAAUAUGUUCAUACUGUCCGCAGUUGUAAUUAGUCAUCUCUCUUCGCCCGACAGCCAACCUGUCCCGCCCCUUUACGGAGCGCUCUGGAUUCCCCAUCUCCACUGCUUUUCCUUGAGACCAUCUCCAACACCUGUCCUCUAAGCCCCGCUAGUCGAAGAGAAAGAGCUACUUGGUGAUUUUUUUCAACCUUGCCUUGCCUCGUUGAGGUGAGUAACUAGGCUAUACGAAUUCAGCUAAUUGUUGGUCACUUAGCAUCUAUUCAAAGAUGUGUAAUACGCAGGUCCCAAUUGGUUUUUCAAUCUGAAAUUGAACAGACCGAUUUAUAACGCAGGCAUGUGCGUGUGACGUUAGCAAUGUGACGAGUAUUGUCGAUUGAUUAUUGGUCUCACUGCGGAAGAUAUCCGUGCUUGCGUUCUGGUCGUCAGUGUCAAAAGUGACCUUCGAGCAAACAGAGGCGACGAGCCCCCUGUUGAAAUACAAACGGAUUUUGAUCUCCAAGAGUGCAACAGCGCAAGAACGCUAUUAUGAAUCUCUCGUAGUCCACUCAAUGAAAGAGUCACUCUGCGACGAAUCCGAGAUGGACGAGUUCCU